AGGUGGUCCAGUUGCCAACUAAUCAUGGGAAAAAGCCUGAUAAUUAAUUAACAAAUGAAAUAAAAAUUAAUAAUUCAAUUCACAUUCCCAUCCAUCAAUUCUAAAACCCUUUUCUCUUCUUCUCCUCCUCCUUCCUUUGAUAUGCUAUUUUGAUCUCUUCUUCUCGAGUCUUCAUGGCUUCUUCGAGCUCUGUAACCUCAAUUCCUGCUCCAGAGGCCAUUCAGGUUCUGGUCUCUUCCCUCGCGGAUGAAUCAUCCAUUGUCCGUGAAGCCUCCAUGGCCUCUCUUAAGGAUAUCUCCUCCCUGAACCCGCUUCUGGUACUUGAUUGUUGCUCGGCGGUUUCUCGAGGAGGACGUCGACGAUUUUGGAACGUGGCUGGGGUAUUUCAAGUAAUGGCACUGGGAGUGCGAGCAUUAGAUAAACGAGAUGUUGAUCCAUCUUAUAUGGCAAAGCUUGCAAAGAUUGCUACUACCGAGAUGAUCUCCUCCAAGGAGCUCAAUGCUGACUGGCAAAGGGCUGCAGCUGGCCUACUUGCUUCAAUAGGCUCACAUUUGCCUGACCUGAUGAUGGAAGAAAUAUUUCUACAUUUAUCUGGGCCUAGUUCAGCUUUGCCAGCUAUGGUUCAAAUACUUGCUGACUUUGCUUCUGCUGAUGCUUUGCAAUUUACUCCAAGACUGAAAGGUGUACUUGCACGAGUUUUACCUAUACUUGGAAAUGUACGGGAUGCUCAUCGGCCGAUAUUUGCACAUGCGUUUAAAUGCUGGUGUCAGGCUGCUUGGCAGUAUAACAUGGACUUCCCCUCACAUUCCCCUCUUGAUGCUGAUGUCAUGUCAUUUCUAAAUUCUGCUUUUGAGCUUUUAUUGAGAGUUUGGGCAAUUUCACGGGAUCUUAAGGUCCGCACAUCUUCUGUUGAAGCGUUAGGUCAGAUGGUUGGUCUUAUCACCCGGACACAACUAAAGGCAGCCUUACCAAGACUUGUCCCUACUGUAUUGGAAUUGUAUAAAAAGGAUCAAGAUAUUGCCCUUCUUGCAACAUCUAGUCUUCACAAUCUCUUGAAUGCCUCGUUACUGUCUGAAACUGGUCCACCAUUGCUUGAUUUUGAGGAUCUCACAGUUAUUCUAUCAACACUUCUCCCAGUAGUUUGCAUAAACAAUGAUAGCAAAGAGCAUUCAGAUUUUUCAGUGGGAUUGAAGACCUACAAUGAAGUUCAGCGUUGUUUUUUGACCGUUGGCUUGGUAUACCCUGAUGAUUUGUUUGCAUUCCUUCUGAAUAAAUGCCGAUUAAAGGAAGAGUCUUUAACUUUUGGUUCACUAUGUGUUUUAAAGCAUCUCUUACCAAGGUCAUCUGAAGCUUGGUAUAAUAAGAGGCCUUUACUAGUUGAGGCAGUAAAGUCCUUGCUAGAUGAGCAAAAUUUAGGUGUCCGAAUGGCUUUGUCAGAGUUGAUUGUAGUUAUGGCCUCACACUGCUAUUUGGUUGGUCCAUCUGGGGAAUUAUUCGUUGAAUACCUUGUGCGCCAUUGUGCUCUAUCAGAUGUUGAUAGAAAUGAUCCAGAGAACUCUAAGGUGAAGUUAGGGAGAUUUUGUCCAAUAGAGUUGCGAGCAAUUUGUGAGAAAGGCCUUCUUCUGAUAACUAUUACAAUUCCAGAAAUGGAGCAUAUUCUUUGGCCUUUUCUAUUGACUAUGAUUAUUCCACGGGUUUAUACUGCUGCUGUUGCAACGGUUUGCAGAUGCAUCUCAGAAUUAUGCAGGCAUAGAUCUUCUAAUAUUAGUAGUAUGCUUAGUGAGUGCAAAGCUCGUGCUGAUAUUCCAAGUCCUGAGGAGUUGUUUGCCCGCUUGCUGGUGCUUUUGCAUGAUCCUCUGGUGAGGGAGCAGCUGGCUACUCAGAUUUUGACAGUCCUUUGUUAUUUGGCACCUCUCUUUCCAAAGAAUAUCAACUUGUUUUGGCAAGAUGAGAUUCCUAAAAUGAAGGCAUAUGUUAGCGACACAGAAGACUUAAAGCUGGAUCCUUCUUACCAAGAGACUUGGGAUGACAUGAUAAUCAAUUUUCUUUCAGAAUCCUUGGAUGUGAUUCAAGACCCUGAUUGGGUGAUCUCUCUUGGAAAUGCUUUUACAAACCAAUAUGAACUCUAUACACCAGAUGAUGAACAUGCUGCACUUCUUCACCGGUGCCUUGGUAUGCUUCUACAGAAAGUUGAUAACAGGGCAUAUGUUCGAAAUAAGAUUGAUUGGAUGUAUAAACAGGCUAAUAUUGCUAUUCCAACCAAUAGGCUUGGUUUAGCAAAAGCCAUGGGAUUGGUUGCAGCCUCCCACUUAGACACUGUGUUGGACAAGCUAAAAGACAUUCUGGCAAAUGUUGGGCAAAGUAUUUUUCAAAGAUUGCUGUCUUUUUUCUCUGAUAGCUAUAAAACUGAAGAGUCUGAUGAUAUACAUGCUGCCUUGGCUCUGAUGUAUGGAUAUGCUGCAAGAUAUGCUCCAUCAACAGUUAUUGAAGCAAGAAUAGAUGCUCUUGUUGGGACUAAUAUGCUCUCACGGCUUCUUCAUGUACGCCACCCUACAGCAAAGCAGGCUGUAAUUACUGCGAUUGACUUACUAGGUCGUGCUGUCAUUAAUGCUGCGGAAAAUGGUGCAUCAUUUCCACUGAAAAGAAGAGACCAGUUGCUUGACUAUAUAUUAACUUUGAUGGGCAGAGAUGAAAAUGACGGUGUUGCUGAUUCCAGUCUUGAACUUCUGCAUACCCAGGCACUGGCUUUAAGUGCUUGCACUACCUUGGUCUCUGUGGAGCCAAAGCUGACAAUUGAAACUAGAAAUCAUGUUAUGAAGGCAACCUUAGGGUUCUUCGCUUUACCAAAUGAACCAGUGGAUGUUGUGAAUCCCCUUAUAGACAAUCUUAUUACCCUCUUAUGUGCAAUUCUUCUUACAAGCCCUUUUUUUUUUUGUAUAACAAUUAGCGGAGAGGAUGGAAGAAGUCGAGCAGAGCAGCUAUUGCAUAUUUUGAGACAAAUAGAUCAAUAUGUUUCUUCACCAGUUGAUUAUCAAAGGAGAAGAGGUUGUCUUGCAGUGCAUGAGAUGCUUCUCAAGUUUCGGAUGCUCUGUGUCAGUGGAUAUUGUGCACUUGGGUGCCAUGGAAGUUGCACGCACAGCAAGCAAAUUGAUCGCACCCUGCACGGCAACUUUUCUAACUUACCCUCGGCUUUUGUUUUGCCGAGUCGUGAAGCCCUAUGUUUGGGAGAGAGGGUCAUUAUGUAUCUUCCGCGGUGUGCAGACACUAAUUCUGAAGUUAGGAAAGUUUCUGCCCAGAUUCUGGAUCAACUCUUCAGCAUCUCUCUUUCACUUCCAAAGCCUGUAGGUUCUAGUACUGGUGUGGAUGUAGAAUUGUCGUAUGGUGCUUUAUCAUCCCUUGAGGAUGUCAUAGCCAUCUUGAGAAGUGAUGCUUCCAUUGAUCCAUCUGAGGUUUUCAACAGAAUAGUUUCAUCCAUCUGUAUUUUAUUGACUAAGAAUGAGCUUGUAGCCACUCUGCAUGGUUGCACAGCAGCUAUAUGUGAUAAGAUCAAGCAGUCAGCUGAAGGGGCCAUCCAAGCUGUUAUUGAGUUUGUGUCAAAGAGGGGGAAGGAGCUGAGUGAAACUGAUGUUACAAGGACAACCCAAUCAUUGCUCUCUGCUGUGGUUCAUGUAACUGAGAAGCAUUUGCGUUUGGAAACUCUUGGAGCUAUUUCUUCUUUAGCUGAAAAUACUAGUUCAAAAAUUGUCUUUGAUGAAUUAUUGGCCUCUGCUGCAAGGGAUAUAGUCACUAAGGAUAUCUCUAGGCUACGAGGUGGCUGGCCAAUGCAGGAAGCAUUUUAUGCCUUUUCUCAACAUGCAUUGCUUUCUUUUCAAUUCCUGGAGCAUCUGAUAUCUGUCCUUAACCAGAGUCCUGUUGAUAAGGUUGAUUUGGAGAAAGGAAACAGUUCUAGCCAUUCUGCUGAUGGUCAGAUAGAGGAUGACAUUCUGCAAGCUGCUAUGUUUGCCCUCACUGCCUUUUUCAGAGGUGGUGGUAAAGUUGGAAAGAGAGCUGUUGAGCAAAGCUAUGCCUCUGUUCUUGCUGCACUUACCCUUCAAUUUGGAAGUUGUCAUGGUCUAGCUAGUUCUGGUCGGCAAGAGCCAUUACGAGCUCUUUUAGCUGCAUUUCAGGCCUUCUGUGAAUGUGUGGGAGACCUUGAAAUGGGAAAGAUUUUGGCUAGAGAUGGAGAGCAAAAUGAAAAGGAGAAGUGGAUCAAUCUUAUUGGGGAUGUAGCAGGCAGCAUUUCUAUAAAGAGACCAAAAGAGGUUCAAACUAUUUCUCUAAUUUUAACUAAAUCCUUAAACCGGCACCAAAGAUUUCAAAGAGAAGCCGCAGCUGCAGCAUUGUCAGAGUUUGUUCGCUAUAGUGGUGGAUUUAGUUCCUUAUUGGAGCAGAUGGUUGAAGCAUUAUGUCGACAUGUAUCAGAUGAGUCUCCAACUGUUAGAUGCCUUUGUUUAAGAGGGCUAGUGCAGAUACCAUCUAUUCAUAUUUAUCAGUACACAACUCAAAUUUUGGGUGUGAUAGUAGCAUUGCUGGAUGAUUUAGAUGAAUCAGUGCAAUUAACUGCUGUUUCAUGCUUACUGACGGUACUUGAGUCAUCACCCAGUGAUGCAGUAGAGCCCAUUUUGCUUAAUCUUUCUGUCCGGCUUCGCAAUCUUCAAAUAUGCUUGAACACGAAGAUACGAUCCACUGCCUUUGCUGCAUUUGGAACACUAAGCAGCUAUGGAGUUGGGGCACAUCAUGAAAUAUUUCUUGAACAGAUACAUGCUGCUAUUCCUCGCUUGAUUUUGCACCUUCAUGAUGAAGAUAUUAGUGUGCGACAAGCUUGCCGAAAAACUCUCAAACGUAUUACCCCCUUGAUGGAGAUGGAAGGGUUAGCUACAUUAUUGAAUUUGCAGUAUUUCACUUCUGAUCAUCGAAAUGACUAUGAGGACUUUCUUAGAGACUUCACUAGGCAGAUUGCCCAGCAUCUUCCUUCCAGAGUAGACACUUACAUGGUAUCAACGAUACAGGCGUUGGAUGCACCUUGGCCAAUAAUACAGGCAAAUGCUAUUUAUUUGGCAAGCAGCAUGCUAUCACUUUCAGAUGAUCAGCGCAUUUUAGCCCUAUACUACACAAAGGUGUUUGGGAUGCUGGUGGGGAAGAUAAGUCGGUCAGCAGAUGCAGUUGUUAGGGCAACAUGCUCCUCAGCUCUGGGCUUGUUGCUUAAAUCAACUAAUUCUCUCUCAUGGAGAACAGCUCGACUUGAUCGAGUGGAAUCAUUUCGAAGGGGCCAUGAUUCUGAGUCUAAAAUGUAGUGGUAGAAACAGGAUAAAUGAAAAUGAUAGUGUUGGCGACCUUUAUGUUGAUCCCCAUCCGUGUGUAUAACACAGCUGAUUAUUCUGCAAUUAGUUUGAGUCUGCAAGACCUCUCUGGCUGCUAUUUAAAGAGUUCACGAGUGAUGACAAUGCAAAAGGUGGGGAAUUUGCCUUUACUGGUGAGUGGUGACACUUACAAUCAAUCUCAUUUGUGGAAGCAAGCUGGAUGUUGAAACUUAAAUAUCAUUGUAAAAUUUACAGCUUUGGCAAAUGUAAUUUAGAAUAUGCCGAGUUGUUUGGUAUAAAGCUUGUACUCGCCACUUUGGUAUCCCAUCACUAUUUUCCUGUUCAAGUUUGGUUGUAAAAGUCUGUAAAAAAAAAAAAAAACUGUUCUCAAGCGGCAGAUCCCCCCUUUUUCAAUGCAUGCCGAGCUUUUAUUAGCCUUCAGAAUUACAGGAUUUUCAGCUCAUCUGCUGCAGAAUUUGUAAAAUACAAUUAUUGUAAAUUUUAUAUAAUAUAGUGUGAUUUGUUUCAAUAAAAAAUAAAUGUAAUUGAAAGUA